UAGAUGACGUAACUAGUGUUUAAGAGUCGUGGUAGUAGUAGUGACGCUUGCCAUUGUUGUAAGAAGUGGGUUGGGUUCUCUACUCAUUUAACUGUUUCUCUGUCUUUUGUAUCGAGAAAUAUCGCCAUUAUGGUUCAUCACGUUACCGAUAGAGCCGAUUACGAUGCCCAAAUGGAUGCAGCAGGAGAUAAGCUGGUUGUUAUUGACUUUUUUGCGACGUGGUGCGGACCUUGCAAGCAAAUAGCUCCUUUCAUCGAGAAAUUGGAACAGGAGAAUACUGAUAAAGUAGUAUUUCUCAAGGUAGAUGUCGACGAUAACGAAGAGUUGGCACAGGACUUUAAUGUCAAUUGCAUGCCGACUUUUAUUUUUUUGAAGAACCGUAACAAAUUGGAAGAAUUUUCCGGAGCAAAUCAAGAUAGGUUAAGAGAGUUGGUUGAUAAAUAUAAAUAAUCCCGCCAAAAUAUGUAAAUAACUUUAUUCAUUCGAUUGUCAUAAAAAGAAAAUCAUUUUAAGUAUUGGGGAUAUAUGUAACAGUUAAUUGUUUUGAAAAUUUAAAUAUGUUUUGUUAAAAGCUUGGUGUAAAAGCUUACGCAUAAUUGGAUAUAUAUUAUAUUGUUUAAUUAAAUAUAAAUAAAAUAAAUUUGUGAAAAAUAUAAA